GCCAAACGUAUUUUUGUCGCCUCUAAAGCAAAGCGGUGUUGCUAGUAUAAAAAAAAAAGAAAAUUCCGCCACAAAAUAAAAUUAAUAAUUUAUCUUGCACGCGUAAUCAAAAAUUAAUAAAUUUAACAAAAAACAAACAUUAAAACUCCAACGAAACUAUACAUUCUAAAUUUUGUAUCAAAUUUUCAUUACAUUAUGCUGAAUUUUGAUAAAAUUUUCCCUCCAUUGAAUUAGUACCAAAAAAAAAAAACAACAAAAAAUAGUAUAGCGUUUCUUAUAUCCCGUUCCUUGAACUUGUUGUCACUUCAGCAAAAAUAUGGAUCAAAUGCUAAGUCCCGGGUUUUCGAUACCCAGUAUCGGAACUCCACUCCAUCAGCCCGAGGCUGAUCAACAAAUUGUUCCGAAUCCAGUUUACCAUCCCAUUGGUCAAAUGGGCAGCUCUCCAAUGGGUGGCAAUGGACAAAAUAACAUGAACAAUUAUGGCAACGAACUGAGUUCGAUGGGAAUGCCCUCGUUAAUGUCCGCACCACAGAAACAAAUGCAAUCCUAUCAGCCAAGCUAUUCAACUCCCCAGAGCCUUAUGCAGCCACAAACACCUCAAAGUCUUAUGUCACCAAUGGUCCCGAUGAGUGAACGUGUCGAGAAUAUAAGCAACAUCCACCAGACAAUGGGUCCAGCGACUCCCAUGACCCCAAUGACGCCCGGUUCAGCUGAUCCUGGCAUUGUUCCACAAUUACAGAACAUUGUCUCCACCGUCAAUCUGAACUGCAAGUUGGAUUUGAAGAAAAUCGCCUUGCAUGCGCGUAAUGCUGAAUACAAUCCGAAACGUUUUGCCGCUGUUAUCAUGCGGAUACGUGAGCCCCGCACAACUGCGCUUAUCUUCUCAUCGGGAAAAAUGGUGUGCACGGGGGCAAAAAGCGAAGACGAUUCUAGAUUAGCUGCUCGCAAAUACGCGCGAAUUAUUCAAAAAUUAGGUUUUACGGCAAAAUUCUUAGAUUUUAAAAUACAAAACAUGGUCGGAAGUUGCGAUGUUAAAUUUCCUAUUCGUCUUGAGGGCUUGGUCCUAACUCACGGCACUUUCAGCUCCUAUGAACCAGAAUUAUUUCCUGGUCUCAUUUAUCGUAUGGUGAAGCCGAGAAUUGUAUUGCUUAUUUUUGUGUCGGGCAAAGUUGUUCUAACUGGAGCCAAAGUAAGACAAGAGAUCUACGAAGCAUUCGAGAAGAUCUUUCCGAUUCUAAAGAGUUUCAAGAAACAAUCGUAGCGGAUUCACCACCAACACAGGUCUAGUUUUAGCUUUAAGUCUUUUUACUUAAUUAUAAUGUUUCAUUGAAUGUAACGAAAUUAAAAAAAAAACGAAUUACAAAAAAAAAAACAAACAUUUCCUGA